UCCCCCGUGCGCCACCCCGCCCCGCCGCGCUCCGCUCCGCACCGGCGGCACCGGCGGUACCAUGGGGACACCGGGGAGCCCCGCGCUCCUGGCGCUGCUGCUGCUGGGCGCCGCCGCCGCCGCGCGUCCGGGGCUGCAAGUCAUCGACCUGCUGCUGGUGAGCGAGGCUCGGCARAUGGCCAGCGUGGCCCACAAGAUCCGUAUGGAGCUCCUGACCGUCAAUGACGUGUACCUCCUGUCCACCUUCCGCCUGCCCCCCAAGCAGGGGGGGACCCUCUUCGGCCUCUACUCCAAGAAGGACAACACUCGGUGGCUGGAGGUCUCCGUGGUGGGGAAGAUCAACAAAGUCCUGGUGCGGUACCUGCGUGAGGACAACAAGGUGCACUCGGUCAACCUGCAGCACGCGCAGCUGGCGGACGGGCAGAGCCACUCUGUCAUCGUGCGCCUGAGCGGGCUGCGGAGGGACACGCUGAGCGUGGAGCUCUACGUCGACUGCAAGCAGACGGACUCCAGCGUGGGGCUGCCCGAGCUGUCCGAGAUCCCCCUGGGUGAGGUGGAGUCCAUCGAGGUGCGCACAGGGAUGAAGUCCUACCAGAGGAUGCAGGGGUUCAUAGAGUCAAUGAAGCUGAUCCUGGGAGGGUCCAUGAGCCGUGUGGGGGCCCUGAGCGAGUGCCCUUUCCAAGGAGAUGAGUCCAUUCACAGUGCAGUGACAAGCGUGCUGGCCUCCAUCCUGGGUGAGCAGACCAAGGCACUGGUCACGCAGCUGACCCUCUUCAACCGGGUCCUGAGCGAGCUGCGGGAAGACAUUAGGGACCAGGUGAAGGAGAUGUCCCUGAUCCGCAACACCAUCAUGGAGUGCCAGGUCUGCGGCUUCCACGAGCACCGGUCCCGCUGCAAYCCCAACCCCUGCUUCAGUGGCGUGGACUGCAUGGAGACGUACGAGUACCCCGGGUACCGCUGCGGGCCCUGCCCGCCGGGGCUGGAGGGCAACGGCACRCACUGCGUGGACAUCGAGGAGUGUGCCCAUGCCAACCCCUGCUUCCCCGGCUCCAAGUGCAUCAACACAGCCCCCGGGUUCCGCUGCGAGCCCUGUCCCCGUGGCUAUCGAGGCAACACCGUCUCUGGCGUGGGGGUGGACUAUGCYAAGGCCAGCAAACAGGUUUGCACAGACAUCGACGAGUGCAACGAUGGGAACAACGGGGGCUGUGACCCCAACUCCAUCUGCACCAACACAGUGGGAUCCUACAAGUGCGGGCCCUGCAAGUCGGGCUUUGUGGGGAACCAGACAUCGGGCUGCAUCCCKCAGAGAUCCUGCCGCACUCCCACCUCCAACCCCUGCGACAUCAACGGCUUCUGCCUGUUUGAGAGGAAUGGGGAGAUCUCCUGCGCGUGCAACGUGGGCUGGGCUGGCAAUGGCAACGUGUGUGGGCCGGACACGGAUCUGGACGGGUACCCCGAUGAGCCCCUGCCCUGCAUCGACAACAACAAGCACUGCAAGCAGGACAACUGCCGCCUGACGCCCAAUUCGGGGCAGGAGGAUGCUGACAACGAUGGAAUCGGAGACCAAUGUGAUGAUGAUGCUGAUGGUGAUGGCGUCAAGAAUGUGGAGGACAACUGCCGGCUCUUCCCCAACAAGGACCAGCAGAAUUCAGACACCGACUCCUUUGGGGAUGCCUGUGACAACUGCCCCAACGUGCCCAACAACGACCAGMGGGACACAGACAGCAAUGGCGAGGGGGACGCUUGUGAUAACGACAUCGAUGGGGACGGGAUUCCCAACAUGCUGGAUAACUGCCCCAAGGUGCCCAACCCUCUGCAGACCGAYMGGGACGAGGACGGGGUYGGGGAYGCCUGUGACAGYUGCCCCGAAAUGAGYAACCCCACUCAGACAGAUAUGGACAGUGACCUGGUAGGAGACAUCUGUGACACCAACGAGGACAGYGAUGGGGAYGGGCACCAGGACACCAAGGACAACUGYGCCGAGAUCCCCAACAGCUCCCAGCUGGACUCGGACAACGACGGGCUGGGGGAUGACUGUGACAACGACGAUGACAACGAUGGCAUCCCGGACUACGUGGCACCUGGCCCAGACAACUGCCGCCUCAUCCCCAACCCCAACCAAAAAGACUCGGACGGGAAUGGCGUGGGUGAUGUCUGUGAGGAGGAUUUCGACAAUGACACGGUGGUGGACCAGCUGGACGUGUGCCCCGAGAGCGCCGAGGUGACGCUGACCGACUUCCGCGCCUACCAGACGGUCAUCCUGGACCCCGAGGGGGAYGCCCAGAUCGACCCCAACUGGGUUGUCCUCAACCAGGGCAUGGAGAUCGUGCAGACCAUGAACAGCGACCCGGGUUUGGCUGUGGGUUACACAGCCUUCAACGGRGUGGACUUUGAGGGCACCUUCCACGUCAACACCAUCACCGACGACGACUACGCCGGCUUCAUCUUCAGCUACCAGGACAGCGCCAGCUUCUACGUGGUGAUGUGGAAGCAGACRGAGCAAACCUACUGGCAGGCCACCCCGUUCCGCGCCGUGGCCGAGCCGGGGCUGCAGCUCAAGGCGGUGAAAUCCUCGACGGGUCCUGGCGAGCACCUGCGCAACGCGCUGUGGCACACGGGCCACACGCCCGACCACGUCCGCCUGCUCUGGAAGGACCCUCGGAACGUCGGCUGGAGGGACAAGACGUCCUACCGCUGGCAGCUGGCACACAGGCCCCAGGUGGGCUACAUCAGGUGA